UAGACAAAUCGAGUAUCCUAGUUCCUAAGUGAUACUCUAAUGUAAUAUUUGUCGCAUAAUAUCAAUUAUUAUAACCAAUUUCUUUUUAAUUCACAAAAAAAACCACAUUUCUUUCAAGAAAAUAAAAAAAGCACUCAUAUGUAAUGAAUUAGUAAUUUUUUGAUUCCUUUUUCCCGGAAGGGUUUUUUCUUCAUCUGCAGCCAAAGCCUUGGUCACACGGGUCAAAGUUACGAGCGAGACAUAUCCACCCAUCCACCCACCCACUCAACUGCUCUGGCUCCGGCUCCGGCUCAAAAGUGGAUCGUUAGUCGUUCCCUGGGGCUUGAAAAUUGGAAUCUCCUUUUAUCGUACGAUUCGUUGCUUGCUUGCUGCCAAUCAACUAUUAAAGAAAGCACUGGGGGCGCAUCACGCACCUGGCUGACCCUAUUAAUCCUCUUUUUCAAUCCCAAUUGAUUGUUUGCAGUUAUUAGUAAAAGAAGAGAAAGAUGGGUGAUGUUUGGGCAUGGCUUCUCUUCUUCUUUAUUCUCGUUGUUCUCCUUGUUAUGCUUGUUUUUCAGCUAAUGUGCUUAUCAGAUCUAGAGUUUGAUUAUAUCAACCCAUAUGACUCUGCAUCUCGUAUUAAUGGAGUUGUUUUACCUGAGUUCAUCACACAAGGAGUUCUGUGCUUGCUGUAUCUGAUAACAGGGCAUUGGUUCAUGUCGCUUCUAUGUGUUCCUUACAUGUGCUACAAUUAUAGAUU